AUGUCUAUCAAACGCGCCCUAUCCAAAGCCAUCAAAGGGCACAUGGGAGGUGAGGACGAUGUCUCUGGCAAUAACGUUCGCUCAACCCUCGUGCCUCGAGCUCGUACUUCCCAGUCUCGAUCUGGUUCGCCCACCGCAUCCCCUCGCCGCAGCAUCUUAGGCACUUUCUUCCGCGACAAGAACGAUUAUGUUUCAUCCUCUGAUGAUGUCUCUGAUGAUUCCUCCACCGGUACCUUGAGCAAGAACCAACAAAAGCGGUUGGUGCGUCAGCACCGCAGAAGCGAGCGAAGCCGUCUCAGCGAGGAGACCUUCUCUGACACCGACCACCGCCGCAAGGAAGAAGAAAUUGCCAAGGCGGCCGCUGAGGAGACAGCGGAGAUGAAAGCCCGUUAUGGUGAGCUGCCCUUGAUGCAGUCCGCGACUCGACCGCGAGAAGUACGGACUCGGAUCGACGACAUCAGUGGCGCCAUGGAGGGACAGGAUGUGUUUUUCACCGCAAGAUUGCACGUUAUCCGCCGAAUGAGUGCCAAGCUGGUGUUCUUGGUAUUCCGCCAGAACCUUGGAACCUUCCAGGGUGUCCUGCAUGAACGGCCGGGAAUUACGUCUCUUGCGAUGAUCCAGUGGGUGGAGCACCUUCGGGUAGGCUCCAUUGUUACUGUCCGAGGCACCAUUCAGAAACCUGAUGUUCCUGUGAUGGGCUGCUCCAUUCAUGAUGUCGAGCUGGCUGUUGACUCUAUUCACCUCCAAGUGCAUCGUGAGGAGCCUGUUCCCUUCAGCGUUUAUGAGGCAGAGAUCCGGACAAACGAAGAAGAGAGGGCAGAGGGCCGCCGCAACCACAUCCCUGACCGCACGCGUUUGACCAACCGCAUUCUCGACCUUCGCACGGCGACCUCACAGUCUAUCUUCCGCAUACAGUCCGCGACCUGCAAUCUUUUCCGUGCUGCCCUCGACGACCGCGAGUUCAUCGAGAUCCAUACCCCGAAGCUGCAAGGCGCCGCCACUGAGUCUGGAGCGAGUGUCUUCCAGGUGAACUACUUUGGCCGUCCUGCUUUCCUCGCUCAGUCGCCUCAGCUGGCCAAGCAGAUGGCCAUUGCUGCUGAUUUUGGUCGCGUCUACGAAAUUGGUGCCGUCUUCCGUGCCGAGAACUCCAAUACUCAUCGGCAUCUUACAGAAUAUACUGGACUGGAUAUUGAGAUGGCCAUUGAAGAGCACUACCAUGAGAUGCUCGAGACUCUUGAUGCGGUGAUCAAGAACAUUCUCAAGGGCAUUUACACCAAGCACCGCCGUGAAGUCGAGCUUGUGAAGUCCCAGUUUCCUUCCGAGGAUGUUGUGUGGCUAGAGGAGACACCCAUCAUCCGCUUCGCCGAUGGCAUCGAGAUGCUGAAUGACUCAGGCUGGCGGAAUGAAGAGGGCGAGCUUCUGCCUCCAGAUGAGGACUUGGCUACUCGUGAUGAGAUUCGCCUCGGCGAGCUUGUCAAGGAGAAAUAUGGCACCGAUUACUACGUUCUCGACAAGUUCCCUCGCAGUGCACGUCCCUUCUAUACCAUGCCCGAUGCCGAAGACGACAGGUACACCAACUCAUUCGACAUGUUUAUUCGUGGACAAGAGAUUGUUUCCGGUGGCCAACGUAUUCAUGAUCCUCAGAUGCUCGAGGAGAGUAUGCGUCGUGUGGGCAUCAAUCCGGAGGAUAUGGAGGAGUAUCUCGAGGGUUUCCGCUGGGGUGCUCCUCCCCACGCGGGUGCUGGAGUUGGCUUGGAACGCAUGGUUAUGCUUGUUUUGAAGCUGGGCAACAUCCGACUUACGUCAAUGUUCCACCGCGACCCUAAGAGUUUGCCGGCCAAGCCCAUCGCGGAAAGGCUGCGUCACCCAGAAUCAUCGACCACUGAGCCCUCAUGGUGGCAUGAUCACAAGGCUCGGCCAGCUACGGACGUCGGUGAGCUGCAGCCUUUGGAACAUCUGGUUGCGAACUAUGGCGAUGCUACGUCAACGUCCUGGUUCGAUGAGCGCUUCAAGAUUUGGCGUGACAUGCUCACUGGCGCAGCUGUUGCCUACGUUCCCAGUUCUAACAACUACGCAAUCAUACCCGGCAAUCCAGCUUGUGACCGGAAGCAGUAUACCCGCACAAUCACCCAAUUCUUGCAGUGGCUGCGUCGCGAGACCAAGCUCAAGCCUGUGUGGAUUUUGUGUUCUCCCGAAGUUGAAACUAUUCUCGGUGAGCGACUCGGCUGGCGCAGUUUGUCAUGUAUUGCCGAGGAGCGCGUCGAUCCAUCGCGCAACCAGGCUGCUUCUGAUGGCGAGAUUGCGCGGAAGUUGCGUCGCGCUGAAAGCGAGGGAAUCAAGCUUGUUUCCAUGAACCAAGGCGAGAUGGUGCCUGAUGACAUCCGCGCAAAGAUCGAUGAGCGUAUCAACCAAUGGUUGUCCAACCGCAAGGGCACGCAGGUGCACCUCUCUCUCAUCCGUCCUUGGUACGAUUCCGAGCACCGUUGGUACUUCUAUGCGCUCGACAAGAACGGUACUAUCUGUGCCUUUGUCGCCCUGGCCAUGCUGUCUCCUGCCCAUGGUAUGCAAGUCAAGUACAGUCUCGAUUUCCCUGGCGCACCAAACGGUGUCAUCGAGUACAUUGUCACGCACGCCAUCCAGACAGCCGCCAAAAGCGGCGUCCCCAGCCUCACGUUCGGCGCUGGCGCCACUUCCCAGCUCAUUCCUGGCCACAACAUGGGCGGCACCAAGGUCAAGAUGCUGGAGCACACCUACGACGCCCUCGCUAAGCAGUUCCACCUUGUUCGCAAGAGUGAAUUCCGUGCUAAGCUCGGUGCCACCGAGGAUCCGCUGUAUAUCUCUUACCCGUCCCGCGGUCUGGGUUCCAAGGGUAUCCGUGCGAUCCUGAACUUCUUUGAGGAUUAA